UUUUUUUUUUUUUUGUGUAAUUACUUGUACGCAUUCUGUGUUGUACACAGCCGAAACGUUUCACCAUUACACUUGCUUGCUCAUUUUUUCUUACCUGCUUCUUCCUUCCUUCUAGAGACUGAUAGAUCAGAGAGCCUCCGGAGAAGGAAAGAGUAGGGUUCCAGAAUCCAGAGAGAAGAGAAGAUGUCGUGCCUCGCUUGCAUCCCCAUGUGCUGCGCUUCCCUCACCUGCGGUCUCUGCUCGUCGGUGGCCUCCGGCAUCUCCAAGAAAUCGGCUCGGAUCGCUUACUGCGCUCUCUUCGGCUUCUCCCUCGUCAUGUCCUGGAUUUUCCGUGAAGUUGGCGGCCCCCUCUUGGAGAAAUUCCCCUGUCAGUUCCCACCUUCCUCGUUCUACUUUUAACUCUGGGAUUUCGCCUUUGUUGUUUUUUUUUUUUUUGGGCGAUUUCGUUAAUGCGGUUCUCUAGUUUUGAGUCCCUAAUUGGAGCUUCAAUUGGAUUGAAAGAAAGGGAUUAACUCGUCUGAUGGGCAGUCGAAGGAAUGGUUUCAAAUGCAAGCGGUGCUACGAGUGAGCCUAGGAAAUUUCCUCUUUUUUGUGAUUCUGGCUCUGAUAAUGAUCGGGGUCAAGGACCAGAAUGAUAAACGUGAUGCUGUGCAUCACGGUGGAUGGAUGGCCAAGAUGGUCGUCUGGCUUGUGCUCGAAGUGCUCAUGUUCUUUGUUCCGAAUAUCGUCGUGACCAUCUAUGGGGUUCUGUCGAAAUUCGGAGCAGGGUUGUUUUUGUUGGUUCAAGUGAUUAUGCUACUGGAUUUCACACACAGAUGGAAUGAUGCAUGGGUGGAGAAAGAUGAACAGAAAUGGUAUGUGGCUUUACUUGUUAUAUCGGUUGGAUGCUACCUCGGGGCUUUUGGGAUAUCUGGGAUUCUAUUCAUAUGGUUCAAUCCUUCCGGCAAUGAUUGUGGCCUCAAUGUCUUCUUCAUCAUCAUGACCAUGGUUCUUGCAUUCUCGUUUGCUGUGAUUGCACUUCAUCCCGCGGUGAAUGGAAGCCUUUUGCCGGCUUCAGUGAUAUCCAUUUACUGUGCCUAUGUCUGCUACACGGGUCUAUCAAGCGAACCCCAUGACUAUGCUUGCAAUGGACUCAACAAGUCGAAGGCAGUAUCCAUAGGAACACUUGUGCUUGGAAUGCUCACGACGGUACUUUCGGUGUUAUAUUCUGCUCUUCGUGCUGGGUCCUCAACAACCUUCUUGUCCCCAUCUCCACCAUCUUCACCUAGAAGCAAACCUUUGCUUGAAGGAGAUGACGAUGUGGAAGAAGGGAAGGGGAAGGCGAAAGACAAAGCCGAGUCCCGCCCUGUUAGUUACUCCUACUCAUUCUUCCACCUCAUAUUUGCACUGGCUAGCAUGUACUCAGCCAUGCUGCUCUCUGGAUGGACCAGCUCAACCGAGAGUGCGGAUCUCAUCGAUGUCGGUUGGACAUCCGUCUGGGUACGGAUCUUCACCGAGUGGGUCACUGCUGGGCUCUACCUAUGGACUCUCGCAGCCCCGUUGCUUUUCCCAGAUAGAGAGUUCUAUUGAUUAGGUAUAUGCUGUUGAUAUCUUUGUUUGCGUCCUUUGGUCUUUGAAGCCACUGUAUGUGAAUGAACUGUCAUGUUAUAGGGUAGUAAUGCUUUGUGUGGUGCGAUCAUAUAGGUGUAAAAAGCAGCAUAAGAAACUCAAAGAAAUCUAAGGCAUAGCCUGGUAUUGGUAUGUCAAUCUUGUUGUUAUAACUUAUAUGUAGAUAGAUAUAUGUUUGUAGAAACUUUGGUUUUGUGCUCCGGAUGAAUGAAUGAAUGGCAUUAGUAGGUAUAUUACUUGUUUC